ACCGCGACGCACCGUGGAAGAAGAGGCGUUAAUUUCCCUGGAAUCAACACAAUUUUAAGGAGUAUCACGAGACUAAUUUGGGAAUAAAAUCAGGGUAAAACAUAACAAAAGCACAACAUCGAGGAGACAUAGCAAUACGUGGGCGAUAUUAACUUAAAGUGACGAAAUGCGUGAAAAUAGAGGACUAGAACGGUGGUGGAAUACGCCCGGUUCUACCAGGCGAAGUAAACGUUUACUUUAAACGCACCUUUAUGUUAGCUCACACGUGACCAGAAGUCAACUAGAAGGACGCAAGCAGUGGAACGAAGAGAAUUUGUGCAUUUAAUUUAAUUAAAACAACUCACUGUUUAGCAGGAAUAUUAAGGUUUUUGCUCAUUUUAUGAGGGGGUCACCAUGUCUGUUGGAGCCACCGUGGGACGUUUGACGUGGCGCCGCUGGAGUUGUUUACGAUCACGACAAAGUGUCACAGCAGCCGCCGGUCAGCGAGAAUGCAACAAUUUAGCGGCAGAACAGCAAAAUAAGUCACCAACGAGGUCCAAGUUCCGCCCGGCACCGAGUGCCACGCACGACUGGAUCGGCCCGCCCAACCCUCUUUCCAACCUGCGACCGAUCGUCUAUCGGGAAGCCAAGAACGAGUCGGAGGUGGAGAAACGUCUGAGGAACAUGCGACAGGACACCGAGGACUGGAACCACCAAUUCUGGGCUGAGCAGAACCUCACGUUCGGCAAGGAAAAACAUGCCUUCAUCGUCUCCCAGCUCAAGGCUAAAGGCUUAACUGAGCGCGACCAGCAAGGUCGCCGCCGCACUCUGAGCAGCGAGGAGAUGUCAGUCUUCUACAAGAGUUUCUUGGACAAAAACAGAGUGCGACACGCUAAUUACAAUAGGGAGUGGUACCGACGCAAUUUGUCAAUCACCUUCCUCAUGGCUCGUGUUGCACUGGACAACUUGUGGAAGAAGGUCAAGGAUAAACGCCAUGGCAAACCCACGACGUUAUCAUGAACGGAUUUUGUUAACACGCUCGCUUGUUCAUAUUGCAACCAAAGUAUUGGACUACAGCUGGAUUGGUGUGGUUGGUUUAAUCGAAAACUAAACGAUGAAUCUAACCAGCUAUUUUGAUAGUCGAUUAACUCAUUUGCUGUCAUUUAGUGGGAUUGAUGAAGCAAAGUUGCUCUAAAAUGAAUUGUUUUUGACCACAUAAUAAUGUUGCCAUACCACUCGGAAUAUUCAAACCAGGAAAAUAUCGACAACCUUCCUACUGUUAGACCUGCUUUAAUUUAUUUAAUAAAUUAACGCAUUGGCUGGCAUUGACUAUGAUAUAUGUCCAAUACAUUUGAACUGGGAGGGCUGGCAGCAAUAGUUAGACUCAACAACUAUUUUGAUAGUCUCAUUAUUUACACACAUUUUAGAACCAAAAAUGGUCUGAAUAUUUUUGUUUUUAAAUGGAAAAAAGAGGGGAAAUUGCAAAUAUUGUCGUUUACUAUUCUUUUUAAUUUAUUAAAAAAAUCAAUUUAGAACAAAUUAAAAACGGAAAAAAUUUAAAUACUGGAUUUGUUUUUAUUGUUAUUUUAAAGUUGCAAUUGAUUGCUGCCAUCCCCUUCCAGUACAAAUAUAUUGGACAUAUGAAAUGUGAUUUUUUAAUGUAUUUUUUUAAGGCAAGCCAUCGCAUAUUAAAAUGGAUUUGAUAAAUUGUAGUGAAUAAGUUAAUUGUUUAUCAACAUUGUUGACCUAAAAGUUGUAGUAUAAAUAUUAGGGCUGUCAAACGAUUAAAAUUUUUCAUCGAGUUAAUCACAGCUUAAAAAUCAAUUAAUCGUAAUUAAUCGCAAUUCAAACCAUCUAUAAAAUAUGCCAUAUUUUUCUGUAAAUUAUUGUUGGAAUGGAAAGAUAAGACACAAGACGGAUAUAUACAUUCAACAUACUGUACAUACGUACUGUAUUUUUUUAUUAUGACAAUAAAUCAACAAGAUGGCAUUAACAUUCUGUUAAAGCGAUCCAUGGAUAGAAAGACUUGUGGUUCUUAAAAGAUAAAUGUUAUUACAAGUUAUAGAAAUUUUAUAUUAAAACCCCUCUUAAUGUUUUCGUUUUAAUAUCGAAAAAUAAACUAGUAGGUCGCCAUUGUUGAUGUCAAUAAUUACAGAAUUCUCAUGGUCAUAAAAUCAGUCGCACCCAAGCGCCAGCAGAGGGCGACAAAACACAAGUAACAAGUGCACAUGACCCUGUUCUGUCAUUUUAAUCUGUUUGAGCGGGGCAUGUGCGUUAAUUGCGUCAAAUAUUUUAACGUGAUUAAUUUAAAAAAUUAAUUACCACGCGUUAAUGCGAUCAUUUUGACAGCCCUAAUAAAUAUUUUUGGAGCCUCUAAAUAGUAAAUCUUAAAUAUAUAUUAAAUUUUUUAAAAAAAAUUAAAAACCUUUUUUAAAUUAAAAAUAGGUUUUUAAAAAUAAAUCUGAUUUCUCUGGCCCUCAAUGAAAAGCAGAUGAUUAUAAUGAAUCCAAAUGAGAUAUUUGAAAUUAUCUGCUUUUAUUUUGGAAAACAAUCAUACAGAUACAUAAUAUCCAAUGUGUAGAACUUUGGAAAAUCACAUAUACAGCUAAAAUGUGAUGCUCAGAAUAAUAUAAUAGUAAAUAUCAUGUAAUUUCUAUAUGAGUGAAGCCAAAAAUCAUUUGUAAUUAACUGACUAUCAAAAUCAACGUUUGUUGCAGCCCUUAUCAAUGAGUGGACUGUUGUUUCGAAAUAAAUAAUUUACCAGUGCAUUUUUCAAAAA